AUGCUUGAUGAAGACUUCUGUCCUUGUAGUUCACCAGAUCUUUGGAAAGAAGCAUUAGACUGUCAAGAUCUUGCUGAAACUCAAGCUUUAGACGGUAUAAUACAAGAGAAUACCGAUGAUGAGAUAGCGGAAGAGACAAGGGAUGAUUCAUUUGAUGACAGUGAUGCUACAAGAGCAGGUAGCGAUGAUGAUGUGGUACCUAAUUCUCACAAUAACUCUAAAGCUAAAUCUCCGAUCAAAUCAACGAGUCCGUCGACCAGUAUCAGAAGUAGUCAGCUAGUAACUCCGGUUCAAGUUGAACGUAAAAUCUCCCAGGUACAAAAUAAUAAUAAUGUGCUUAGACAAGAAUAUGCUAGCCGUAACGGGGCUAAUAAUAAUAAGAAUGAAUACAUUAUUUCUGAGUCAAGUGAAUCAGAUAGUGAUACAAGUAUUGAUAAAAAACCAUUGCAAGGUCCAUCUGUAAGAAAUGAAGCGAAUUCUAAAAUGAAUGUUAAUAGUUCAGAUAGUGAAACUGGUGGUUUUAAUGAAGCACAAACUGUUUCAGCCAAAAGUGCUAGUCAAUCUUUAAAAGACAAAAAAAAUCUUGAAAAUAAUAGUGCUGUUGAUGAUAGUUCAGAUGAUAGUUUUAAUGAAGCACAAACUCUUUCAGCCAAAAGUGCUAGUCAGUUUUUAAGAGAUAAAGAAAAUCUUAAAAAUAAUAGUCUUCUUGAUAAUAAACCUUCCGUUUCAAAGCCCGCUGGCCAACCUGCCUCAUUUUCAAAUGAGAUUCAAAACAACAAUUCAGAUUUAGAUGAUGAGAUAGAACAGUGGUUGGAAGAAAAUAAUAAUGAAACUCAAUGGGCGAAAACUAGAAACGAUUUGUAA